UCUCUCGCUCUCUUAUCCCCGUGGAAGCACGCGCCCACCCGCCCGUUAUCUGCCUCUCUGUGUCCGCUGGUUGUUGUCUCACGAGGCUUGAGUGUGACGGUGUCACGUUAACAUGGUUUGCAGGGCUCAGCCGCAGUAGCAGCAUAAGAAGAGAAAGAAGUAGAGACAGUAGCUGUGUGUUCCAAGCAGCCAGUCCGGACUCUCUCCCAUCUCACAUCUAUCGACCGGAGGACGCAGCCAGACAAAACCGAACUUCCCCCCCAUCUCUUCCCGUCUCUCUCGCUUCCACGUCCCCAUCGCGACGCUCGGUGAUCAGGAGCUUGCGGAGCUCUCUCUUAGAUAAAGGGUUGUAACCAGGGGCCUGGUAGGUGUUGUUGCCACUGAGACCGAGUGUGUGUCGCCACGGUGUUGCGUCGUUGCCAUGGGGAAACAGAACAGCAAGCUACGGCCAGAGAUGCUUCAGGACCUGAGAGAGAACACAGAGUUCUCUGACCACGAACUACAGGAGUGGUACAAGGGAUUCCUAAAGGACUGUCCCAGCGGCAACCUGAACGUAGAGGAGUUCAAGAAGAUCUACGCCAACUUCUUCCCGUACGGAGAUGCCUCCAAGUUCGCCGAGCACGUCUUCCGAACGUUCGACACCAACAGCGACGGCACCAUCGACUUCCGGGAGUUCAUCAUCGCGCUGAGUGUCACGUCACGGGGAAAGCUGGAGCAGAAACUGAAGUGGGCCUUCAGCAUGUAUGACCUGGAUGGGAAUGGGUACAUCAGCCGUGAUGAGAUGCUGGAGAUCGUACAGGCUAUUUACAAAAUGGUGUCGUCUGUGAUGAAGAUGCCGGAGGACGAGUCCACGCCGGAGAAGAGAACAGACAAGAUCUUCAGACAGAUGGACCUCAACAACGAUGGUAAACUUUCCCUGGAGGAGUUCAUUAAAGGUGCCAAAAGUGAUCCCUCCAUCGUGCGGCUACUCCAGUGUGACCCCAGCUCUGCCUCCCAGUUCUAAUCCCGCCCACCUGGCCUGCCACGUCCACCCCGGUUGCUAUGGAAAUGCUCAAAUCAGUGCAUGAUGGUUCUCGUCUCUCAUAUCUUUUUGUUGUACAAGUUGGAAGAUGAGUUUUAAAAUGAGAUGAAACUAAAAAAAGUUUUUUUUGUUUGUUUUUUAAGAAUAUAAAUGAAAGAAGGAACAUAGAUUAUUAUUAAGAAGAUAAUACGACAACUGAGAAUAGGAAAAACUAGGCGUUGCCAAGGCAUUUCGUUGUCCGAUGUGUCUUCCUGUCUCUCUCCGGAUCCGGAAGGAUGGAAUUCUGGAAGGAUGGAAUGGAAUUCUGCUGAGCUCCGCUGCCUCACAACGCCCGGGAAGUCCGUCGACCAUUUUUUUACAGAGUCGGGAAGUUUGGGGGAGAGAAUUAAGGGAACAUUCCAUCCUGAGAACCAUUCAUGGCCCCCCUCUGUGUUCUAAUUAUUCUGUUCAAUAGAUUCUGUUUCUCCCCCAAUCAAGGCACAGCUUCUACAAUUCUCUUACAUGUUUAUGUGUAAAAAGAAUGCAUAUCAUCAUACAAAAUGAAUAGCCAAGUAUACAUCUGUCUUUUAUGACUCGUUGCAUUCAGAAGGCAGUAUUAUGUAGCUGCGCUUGCUCUGAUCCGAUAUGGGAAUUCCGUAGCGGUUUUCCGUAGAGGGAAUAUGAGACAGGGAAAGGAAAGGAGUUGGGAAUUUUCCUGCUAACUGAUCUUCCACUGGGGGGAAAAAAGCUGUUGAAAAUACCAUUGAGUUAUUAUUGAUUGUUAUUAUUUUAUUACAUAGUAAUGUUUUUCCUCCUCAUGUUGUUUACUUAUAUUGAUUCAUUUGAAUUAUUGUGGUUUUAUUUUUGAUUUGCCAUUGAAGACGAUCGUAGCCCAAUACUGGAGAAGAAUCGAAAGAAAGAAAGAAAGAAAGAAAGAGAGAAAGAGAGAAAGAAAGAGAGAAAGAGAGAAAGAAAGAAAAGGAAAGAAAGAAAGAAAGAGAGAAAGAGAGAAAGAGAGAAAGAAAGAAAGAAAGAAAGAGAGAAAGAAAGAAAGAGAGAAAGAGAGAAAGAGAGAAAAAGAGAGAAAGAAAGAGAGAAAGAAAGAAAGAAAGAAAGAGAGAAAGAAAGAUAGAGAUAGAGAGAGAAAUAGAAAGAUACAUGGAUAAUGACUUGUCUUUGGAGACCGUCUGUCUCAUAUCUGUCCACGAUGGAAGGGGAAAACGAAGAACAUUUGAUUACAUAAUGCAUUUGAUCAACGAAACCGGUAGCAGCAAAUCAUAUCAUUUGAGCCUCCACGAGUGUAUGCAUGCAUGCAUGUGUGUGUGUGUGUGUAUGUCUGAGUGUGUGUGUGUGUGUGUGUGCAUGUGUGUACAGUAUGCAUGUGUACAGUUUGUGUAUGUCCAGGCUAACUUAACAGUCUAAUCAAUAAUGUUGUUUAUUGACAUGUAAUAUAAAGUAUUUAAAAGUUAUUUAUUUGAACAUUUUAUUACAUCACUGAGCAGUAAAGUCGUCACAUUGUCACAAACACUGCAUGGUACACACACAAAAAAUUAGUAGCUUUUCUCUCUUCAGCAGUACUCUUACUGUAGUCUACCAGACCACUCUUACUGUAGUCUACCAGACCACUCUUACUGUAGCCUACCAGACCAAUCUUACUGUAGUCUACCAGACCACUCUUACUGUAGCCUACCAGACCAAUCUUACUGUAGUCUACCAGACCACUCUUACUGUAGCCUACCAGACCACUCUUACUGUAGUCUACCUGACCACUCUUACUGUAGCCUACCAGACCACUCUUACUGUAGUCUACCAGACCACUCUUACUGUAGUCUACCAGACCACUCUUACUGUAGUCUACCAGACCACUCUUACUGUAGUCCUACCAGACCACUCAUACUGUAGCCUACCAGACCACUCAUACUGUAGCCUACCAGACCACUCAUACUGUAGCCUACCAGACCACUCUUACUGUAGUCUACCAGACCACUCUUACUGUAGCCUACCAGACCACUCUUACUGUAGCCUACCGGACCACUCUUACUGUAGUCUACCAGACCACUCUUACUGUACUCUACCAGACCACUCUUACUGUAGCCUACCAGACCACUCUUACUGUAGCCUACCAGACCACUCUUACUGUAGUCUACCAGACCACUCAUACUGUAGCCUACCAGACCACUCUUACUGUAGCCUACCAGACCACUCUUACUGUAGCCUACCAGACCACUCUUACUGUAGCCUACCAGACCACUCUUACUGUAGUCUACCAGACCACUCUUACUGUAGUCUACCAGACCACUCUUACUGUAGUCUACCAGACCACUCAUUCUGUAGUCUACCAGACCACUCAUACUGUAGUCUACCAGACCACUCAUACUGUAGUCUACCAGACCACUCUUACUGUAGCCUACCAGACCACUCUUACUGUAGUCUACCAGACCACUCAUACUGUAGCCUACCAGACCACUCUUACUGUAGCCUACCAGACCACUCUUACUGUAGCCUACCAGACCACUCUUACUGUAGUCUACCAGACCACUCUUACUGUAGUCUACCAGACCACUCUUACUGUAGUCUACCAGACCACUCAUUCUGUAGUCUACCAGACCACUCAUACUGUAGUCUACCAGACCACUCAUACUGUAGUCUACCAGACCACUCUUACUGUAGCCUACCAGACCACUCUUACUGUAGUCUACCAGACCACUCAUACUGUAGCCUACCAGACCACUCUUACUGUAGCCUACCAGACCACUCAUACUGUAGCCUACCAGACCACUCUUACUGUAGUCUACCAGACCACUCUUACUGUAGUCUACCAGACCACACACAGAAGAUGCAUGUCCCGUCUUUGCGCACUCGUGUGUGUGUGUGUCCGUGUGUGUGUGUGUCCGUGUGUGUGUGUGUGUGUGUCCGUGUGUGCCACUUUGAGACAGACCCCUUCCCUCCAUCCCUCCUUCCCUCCCUCCCUCGUCUCCUAGACAUAGAGAAUACACUAAGGGCUUCAUUAUCAUUCUCAAUCCCAAUGCGUUUGUGUUAUCUUCCUAUGUGUACUUAGCCAACAGGCAGUAGGUAGAGUUGUUUUAAGACACUGAUCACAAAGAAAAAUGUGUCCCAAAUGACACCCUAUUCCCUAUAUAGUGCACUACGUUUUGACCAAGGCCCCAUAGGGCUCUGGACGAGUGCAUACUUCAGAAUGUAUACUGCACUGCACCUCUGCUAAUGGUCUCCCAGUGUCACUGCCCCCUGCUGGUUGGAUGAGGAACAGUCGCUGCUACACUGCUGCUAAAUUAUUUGACAGGUUUUCCAGAAAUCUCAGUCGGAAGAUUCUCAGUUUUCCUGGAAUCAGGGAUUUUUCCAACUGGGAUUUCUGGAAAAAGCUGGACAUUUUGGAAAAGUUGCCAGGAUUUUGCAACCCUAUUCCGUCCUACCUACCCCUCUUCUAUACCGUUCUACCUACCCCUCUUCUAUACCGUCCUACCUACCCCUCUUCUAUUCCGUCCUACCUACCCCUCUUCUAUACCGUACCACCUACCCCUCUUCUAUACCGUACCACCUACCCCUCUUCUAUACCGUACCACCUACCCCUCUUCUAUACCGUCCUACCUACCCCUCUUCUAUACCGUCCUACCUACCCCUCUUCUAUACCGUCCUACCUACCCCUCUUCUAUACCGUCCUACCUACCCCUCUUCUAUACCGUCCUACCUACCCCUCUUCUAUACCGUCCUACCUACCCCUCUUCUAUACCGUCCUACCUACCCCUCUUCUAUACCGUCCUACCUACCCCUCUUCUAUACCGUCCUACCUACCCCUCUUCUAUACCGUCCUACCUACCCCUCUUCUAUACCGUCCUACCUACCCCUCUUCUAUACCGUCCUACCUACCCCUCUUCUAUACCGUCCUACCUACCCCUCUUCUAUACCGUUCUACCUACCCCUCUUCUAUACCGUCCUACCUACCCCUCUUCUAUACCGUCCUACCUACCCCUCUUCUAUACCGUCCUACCUACCCCUCUUCUAUACCGUCCUACCUACCCCUCUUCAAUUCCCACUGCCUCUAAAACUGGUACCUUCAGUUGGAUCAAUAUUAUUAUUCUUUUUUCUGUUGCAUGAAAACCUCCAGCAAAGAUUGUGAUGUUUCUUCCUGUUUUGACCCGAAUCAAUGACAAAUAUACCUUGUGUAUUUCAAACA